AUGAUAACCGUGUCGGUUCAAGUACCCCAAGGGGCUACUGGUGGCAGCACCAUCCAAAUCAUCGAUCCUACAUCCGGCAGACCAUUCCAGGUCCAAGUCCCAGCCGGCCUAAAUCCAGGGGACACCUUCAAUGUCGAUCUUGGGCCGACCAUCGUACAAGGCAAGCCUGUUAGUGGUCCUGAUCAAGGCUACGGUGGGCCGCACCAUUCGACCCAGGCCCCUCCCCAAACUGUCAUCAUCAACAGUGGCCCUGCCCAGAGCCCAAGCGCCGCAGAUGCCGCUGGCUCUGCCGCUUGCUGUGCAUGGUGUGCAAGUAUGCUAGCAUGCUGUGCCCUCGGUCAGGCAUGUGGCUAG